CUAGAAACCAACCAUGUUUGCAGUUAGAAAAUCUUUGGUAGGCAGAGUAUUCAGCAGACCCACUGUGGCUACACAAAGGUUGGGUUUGUUUUUGAAUUCUGCCCGAAACUUGUUUAUUCAGACUGUAGAAACUCCCAAUGAACUGGCUUUGAAGUUCUUACCUUCGAUUAAACUCUUGGAAGAAAACGAGACGAUCGAGUUUCUUAGUGGGCGUGAAGCGGCCAGAUCACCUCUAGCUGUGAAGCUCUUCAGUAUUGACGGCAUCAAGUCGAUCAUGUUCGGCUCUAACUUCAUAACUAUCGAAAAGAACAGUAACGAUUUGCACUGGUCACUUUUGAAACCAGAGAUCUUCUCCAUUUUGACAGAGUAUUUAACUAAUGGAACACCGAUUCUUAUAGAUGGCGAGUCACUUUCUAAAGACAUGGAAAUCAACGAUGACGAUGACGAAGUAGUAUCAAUUAUCAAGGAGUUGAUUUUCACCAGAAUUAGACCAGCCAUCCAGGACGAUGGAGGUGAUAUUGAGUUUGUCAGCUUCCGAGAAGAAGACGGUACGGUAUUCUUGAGAUUGAAAGGAGCCUGUAGAUCGUGCGAUUCCAGUUCAGUAACCUUGAAAAACGGAAUCGAGUCCAUGUUGAAGUACUAUAUUGAAGAAGUUAAAGCCGUAGAGCAAGUAGAUGAAGAAGACCCAGAAGUAGUAGUAGCUGGUUCUCCAGAGGAGGUCAAGUUCGAGGCUGCAGCCAUCACACCAAGAGCCAGAGAUGAGCCUCCUAAUUUGUAAAUAGCAUAUACAUUUAUAGAGGGACCAGGACGGCUCCUUCCGGACAUAGGACAGGAAAACGUAUGAAAGGAACAAAAGGAAAAAAUACAUUGAAUUUUGUAAUC